AUAUUUGUAACCAACAUUCCACCUACAUCGUCAUUAAAAAUAGUUUCUUUGAAAACUUCUUGUAUUGGUAGCUAUUAGGUAUACUUUUUCUGAUUCUCAUUGGAUUUGGUGGUCUCUCUUUCAUUACCACCAAAAUUUUUCCUUCUGUUCCCCCAUUAUUGUAUAUGAUUUCCAUUAUAAUAGGGACCCAAUACACAAACACAUAGAGGGUCACCACCUCACCCCCACCCACGGCCCCAUCUUCUUCAGCGCAAUCCACGAAGCCACAUGAUGCUGUUUCAUAUAGUAACUAAAAUUUGAAGCCUCGUUGAUGAUUCUUGGACUUUGGCUGUCUUUGAAGUGAUUUUGCUGUCAUGCCCUUCGGAGAAGGGGAUCUAAAGGUGCGUGUACCCAAAGAAUUUUAGAAACUUAAUAGAUCCAAAUCAAUCAAAACCCAUCUCGGAAUAAAUAUUUUUUUAGCAGUAUCAUUUUUCAUGGUUAAAUCACCUUCAAGCAGAAUGCAAGGAGGAAAUGGGUUGUUCUAUCCAAUCAUUGGUUUUGCAUCCUGUUUUGCUUUUGUAUACAUGUCUUUUGGGGACCUAUGGAUCAGUUAUGAUGGAGAAACAACGCUGAGUUUUGUGGAGAGGAAUGGAACUCAUUUCAUGGUGGAUGGUAGACCUUUUUAUUUUAAUGGAUGGAAUUCUUACUGGAUGAUGGACCAUGCUGUGGAUGAAUCCACCAGACCCAGAAUCGGAGCAAUGCUGCAAGCUGGUGCAAAAAUGGGUCUCACCGUGUGUAGAACCUGGGCUUUCAGUGAUGGUGGAUACAAUGCGCUCCAAAUUUCCCCUGGUAGAUUUGAUGAAAAAGUAUUCAGAGCUUUGGAUUAUGUGAUUGCAGAAGCCAGGCAAAAUGGAAUAAGGCUAAUACUGAGUUUAGUUAACAACUUGCAAGCAUAUGGUGGAAAGGCUCAGUACGUUAAGUGGGCAUGGGAAGAGGGUGUUGGUUUAAGUUCUUCCAAUGAUUCAUUCUUCUAUGAUCCGUCAAUUCGGCAUUAUUUCAAAACUUAUGUUAAGACAGUGCUAACAAGGAGGAAUACAUACACUGGGAUUCAGUACAGAGAUGACCCAACAAUUUUUGCGUGGGAAUUGAUUAAUGAACCCCGCUGUAUAACUGAUGCUUCUGGUGACACACUCCAAGACUGGAUAGAAGAGAUGUCUACUUUCAUUAAAUUAAUUGACAAUAAACAUCUGCUGACUGUGGGCCUUGAAGGAUUCUAUGGUCCUAAAAAUCCCAAAAGAUCAACUGUGAAUCCAGAGUUCUGGGCAGCUGAUCUUGGAUCGGAUUUCCUUCACAACUCAAAGAUCUCAACUGUUGAUUUUGCAUCAGUUCAUAUAUACCCUGAUCAAUGGUCUCAUAAUCAAGAUUUUGGAUACCAACUAAAAUUUGUCUCCAAGUGGAUGCUUUCGCACAUUGAAGAUGGCGACAAAGAACUGAAAAAGCCUGUAAUGUUCACUGAAUUUGGAUUGUCAACCAAGAACAAAGGAUUUGACCCCUCUCAACGAGACAAAUUCUAUGAAGUUAUUCUCGAAAUAAUAUACAAGUCAGCAAAACGAAAGAAAUCUGGUGCUGGAACUCUAGUCUGGCAGUUCUGGGUUGAAGGGAUGGAAGAGUUCAAUGAUGAUUUUGGUAUUGUUCCAUGGAAGAGACCAUCAACAUAUAAACUGUUUACAGAACAGUCUUGUCGGCUGGCAAGAAUUCAAGGAGUUCUUCCUUCACAAAAAGAACAUUUAAAGAAAUUGUGCAGCCAAAGGUGGUAAAGAUAUAAAAUUUUCAGAUCCAAUUAAUUAUAUCAGUAAGAGAAAUCUGGUUGCAUUUUUUUGUUGGUUCUGAUUGUUUUGGUCAGUUCAUUGAACUUGUCCCACUUAUAUUUAUAUAGGUUUAUAGUGUCAUCAUAUUUACGGCAUCUGCUGAUUUUAUUUAUUAUUA